GAAGAACAAAACGUAAAAAGGGGCUAAUUUGAUGGACUAAUUGGUCUUUGAUGGGCAGGAACACCUUAAGCUCUCAGGUGCUUAGGAACAGAGUUGUAAAUUAUGGCAGAGAGAUCUCAUUGGCAAAGUUUUAUAGACAUAUAAGAAGAAGGCAAGGGGUUGAUGCAGCCAACCAAGUCCCAUUAGUAAGCAAAAAAUCACUUUUGAGUGGAUUCACCCUUUGAAGAAUAACAAUACAGAUGCAUUUGAAUUGUUAAUGUCUCUUUUCACCUAGGAUGGUAUGGAAGAAUUUAACCAAACAUCUCCAGGAAGGUUCGUCCUCCUUGGCCUAUCUAAUAUCCCAUCUCUCCAGGCAAUAUGCGUCCUUGUGUUUUCUAUGAUGUACGUCAUCGCUUUGUCGGGAAACCUUCUACUAAUCAUUGUGGUGAGGACCAACGGAAAGCUACAGACCCCCAUGUACUUUUUCCUAUGCAACCUCUCUGUUAUCGACAUUGGUUUCUCGUCUACUAUUGUUCCGCUAAUUAUCAUAAACACUCUGAUUAAGGACACAAGCAUCUCCUUGUUGGGAUGUGCAGUGCAAAUGUUUUUCCAUUUGGGUUUAGGAGGAACAGAGUGUGUUAUUCUAGCUGUCAUGGCGUACGACAGGUUUGCUGCCAUCUGCAGACCAUUGCACUAUAGCACCAUAAUGAAUAAAAUGUUAUGUGCCAGUUUAGCUGUAGGGUCAUGGAGUAUUAGCUUCCUGAACUCUACCAUCCAUGUUGCCCUCAUCUUCCAACUCCCCUAUUGCAAGUCCCACCAUGUCAACCACUUCUUCUGUGAGGUACCACCUUUCCUUCGAAUGUCCUGCCGAGACACUUUUUUUCAUGAGCUAGGCAUGUACAUCUCCGCAGGAACUCUUGCCAUGACUUCUUUCUGCUUGACUCUUUUCUCAUAUGUCAACAUCAUUUCCACCAUCCUGAAUAUCCGUUCCUCACAAGGAAGACAUAAAGCUUUCUCCACAUGUGGUUCCCAUCUUACUGUGGUGGUUCUCUACUAUGGGACAGUCUUUAUUAUGUAUCUGAGACCCCGCUCUACAUACUCUCCUGAAUUAGACAACACUCUGUCCAUUCUUUAUACAGUAGUGACUCCGAUGUUGAACCCAAUGGUCUACAGUAUGAGGAAUGAGGACGUCAAAAACACAGUUAAAAGAAUACACAUAAAUAAAACAUGAAUUAUGUUUUCAUUCAUUAACGUGUAUGUCCAGCAAAAAUGUUUUCUUCUAAGUUUU